AUGACACGGUUCUCGUUGACUGCAAUCUUGUUGGUGGUUUCCACCGCCGCCGUAUUCGCUCAAAAGGCUUCACCUGAAUGUUCCAAAGAUAUCAAAGUGAAUGAACAACGUGAUUUGGAUGGUAUUAGCAACUGCAAAACGUUCACGGGCACCAUUACGGUCGACAGCACCAAGCUGUCCAAGUUGGAACUGAAGGGUGUGGAGGAGAUGAACGGUGACCUGAUUUUGCAAGGCAACUCGGAUCUCCAAUCCUUCUCUGCCCCCCAACUCAAGAAGGUCAAGGGCGAAGUUCGCAUCAUCAAUCAUACCAUUCUCGAUAAAGUGGACUUGACGUCUUUGACAGAAGCCAAAGGAUUGACCUUGGCCGUGUUGCCUGCUCUGGAACAAAUCCGCUUCCCUGCUGGUCUUUCCAAGGUCGACGAUUUACGUAUUGAAGACACCCGAUCCCCCAGUAUCAGCGGUCUCAAUGCUGAAACUUACAAUACAUUCCAACUCACCAAUAACAAAUACAUGAAAGAAUUUGACCUUGCAUCCACCAAAGAAAUCAAGACCAACAUUGUUGUCCUUGCCAACGGUAACUCGAUGAACUUCAAGGCACCCAACUUGGCUCGAUUAAAGAUGGCGACUUUCCGAAACCUCGGUCAACUGGACCUGCCAGCCUUGACCAGCGUCACGGGAGACAUGUCGUUCCACGAAAACCAGUUUAAUGCUUUGAACAUGGACAACAUUGAAUUGAUUGGCGGUACACUGACCAUUGCCAACAAUGACCGACUUGCCGAAACCUCUUUCAAGGCCCUGAGCAAAGUAGGCGGUGCCUUGUCCAUUGGUAACAACACUCAGCUGCACAACAUUGACGGGUUCCCCAAGUUACAAGAAGUGGACGGUACCGUAGAUAUGGCCGGUUCCUUUGAUAACUACAAGUUACCCGUCUUGGCCGAUAUUCGUGGUGGCAUGCGUCUUCAGACCACCAGCUCCCAGUUUGGCUGCUCCGACCUCGAGAAGAAACUCAAGAAUGACAACGUUGUCAAGGGCAACACCUGGAGUUGCGCUUCCAGUCUCCAAGAAAAUCAAAUGAGUCCUACCAUUGGUCAAAACGCUGGCGCUCCUCAGACCAUCAGCGGUGGUGCAGCUGGUACCACUAGCUCCCGCAACGGUAACGGCGAUGGCAAUCAACACUCGGCGGCUUCUCGCUCCAUCGCGGCUCAAGGAGUCGCGGUAGUGGUGAUGGCCAUGGUGCUUGCCAUCCAGUUUUAA